GCCGCAUUCUUCUGCCUUGUAUGGGCCGGGACGGGCGGGCGGGACCGGCCACGGCACCGGGACGCGAGCAGCCCCGGGACACAGCCCCGCCAGCAGCCCCGGGACACAGCCCCGCCAGCAGCCCCGCAGGCUCUGAGCAGCUGUAGGAGGAGUUUGCGGUCACCUCCCCCUCUGAGGCGCUGCGGCCAGAUUCCCCUGCCGAGGUACCACCCCAGCCGCCAAGAUGUCCAGCAAACGUGCCAAAGCCAAGACCACCAAGAAGCGCCCUCAGCGCGCCACCUCCAAUGUCUUUGCCAUGUUCGACCAGUCACAGAUCCAGGAGUUCAAGGAAGCCUUCAACAUGAUCGACCAGAACCGCGACGGCUUCAUUGACAAGGAGGAUCUACACGACAUGCUGGCUUCCCUCGGGAAGAACCCCACCGACGAGUACUUGGAGGGCAUGAUGAGCGAGGCGCCAGGGCCCAUCAACUUCACCAUGUUCCUCACCAUGUUCGGGGAGAAGCUGAAUGGCACCGACCCAGAGGAUGUCAUCCGCAACGCCUUCGCCUGCUUUGAUGAGGAGGCAUCAGGCUUCAUUCAUGAGGACCAUCUGCGUGAGCUGCUGACCACCAUGGGAGACAGGUUCACCGACGAGGAGGUGGAUGAGAUGUACCGGGAGGCGCCCAUCGACAAGAAGGGCAACUUCAACUACGUGGAGUUCACCCGCAUCCUGAAGCACGGGGCCAAGGACAAGGACGAUUAGAGCGCAGGGCUGCUCACCCCUUCUGCCUCCUCUUGCGCACCCCCCACCCCUCGGCCCCCUUGCUGCCCCACAGCAGGCUCCCCCAUGGGAAACACCUCCCAGGACUGGCACCCCACGUCGGAUCACGCUUGGAGGGGAGGCGCUCCUGUCACUUUGCUGCUGUGUGCCCAUCCAUCAGCCCCAGAACUCCCCUUCCACCGCCUCUCCCACCCACAGGCUCACCCUGCUGGGACCCCCAGCCUGGCUGGGACCCCCCACGAGCAGCCAUCGACCCCCUGAAGCCACCACACCACUGGUCCCUGAGGCUGGGGUGAGCAUCCCAGGUGAGCGCUGGUUUGAGCCUGAGCCACCCCCAUCUCGGGGCCGUAACACGCAGAGAAAGUGCCUUUCCUCUUUCCUCCCGCACUGCUUUCUUUCGUGAAAAUGUCACUUUGUGUCCUCGUCGUCUGUUUUAUGGCUUUCAAGCCUGUUGAUCUGAAGGAUUUGGGAAAGUGAAGUAGCAUAUAAAACCUGAUGGAUGUGA